UCAAAAGGGUGGUUGCAUAUUGCAAUGGCUAAGCAUGAUGUUGAGGGUGGUUCCUUCUAUGCAAAGGACUACCAUGAUCCUCCUCCAGCUGGUGAGGAACUCACACAGUGGUCCUUCUACAGGGCCGUGAUUGCGGAGUUCAUUGCCACACUGCUCUUCCUUUACAUCACAGUGCUCACUGUUAUUGGUUACAAGAGCCAGAGUGAUGUAAACGCUGGGGGUGAUCUCUGUGGUGGGGUUGGCAUUCUUGGCAUUGCUUGGGCCUUUGGUGGCAUGACCUUCAUCCUUGUUUACUGCACUGCUGGAAUCUCAGGGGGUCACAUAAACCCAGCAGUGACUUUUGGACUGUUCUUGGCUCGGAAGGUGUCUUUGAUAAGGGCUAUAAUGUACAUGGUGGCUCAGUGCUUGGGGGCCAUAUGUGGAGUUGGGUUGGUGAAGGCCUUCCAAAAGGCUUACUACCACAGGUAUGGUGGUGGGGCCAAUGAGUUGAGUGAAGGGUACAGCACAGGUGUUGGAUUGGGUGCAGAGAUCAUUGGAACCUUCGUUUUGGUGUACACUGUCUUCUCUACUACAGACCCCAAGAGGAAUGCUAGAGAUUCUUAUGUCCCGGUUUUGGCGCCACUUCCAAUUGGUUUUGCUGUGUUCAUGGUCCACUUGGCAACCAUACCUGUAACUGGCACUGGUAUUAACCCUGCUAGAAGUUUUGGAGCUGCUGUCAUAUACAACAAAGAGAAGGCCUGGGAUGACCAUUGGAUCUUCUGGGUUGGACCAUUCAUUGGAGCAGCCAUUGCAGCCUUCUACCACCAAUUCAUCUUGAGAGCAGGUGCUGCUAAGGCUCUUGGAUCAUUCAGGAGCAACCCCACCAUUUGAGUUAUUACCAAAUAUCCUCUCAUGGGUUCAAAAGGAACAUAAUUGGAAGCAAAAUGAGUUGAUAUUGUAGCAAUGAUAAUAUUGUCAAGUGCUUGUACUUUUAUUUUGAUCCUACGUAGAUUGAAGGUUCUUUCAAGACAAGAGCCUUUGGUAAAUAGUAAGUACCCUUAGUAUUUCUAGAACUUUCCUUUGCCCUCUCAUGUAAUGAAUAAGUCAAGUCAACAUGGAGUAGGUGAAAUAGCAUGAUAACCCAUGUUUUAAGGGAGAGGUUAUGCUGAUUCAAUGUCACCUGCACCUUUUUGCUUGUAACUAUGUAUUUUUCCAAAAGCAAAUGUCACUAUAUGUAUGAUGGAAAUUUAUGAAUCAAAAGACAGUUUCUGAUGCACUGUAGAAAAAUUAUUAA